AAGUCCUAGAAUUCCUGAUUUAUUCAAAUAUUCAGAAACGAUAAAUUUAUUUUUAAAUCAAUGCGUGAAGAAAGUGUUAGUCAGAGUUCUUAGAAAACGAGGAGCAUUUCCGGAAAUUUCUUGAUGACUGAUAACGAAGUACGUGUCUUGUUUACCAGGAUUUCCUUCCGCAAGGGCUUAGACCAGGGCUUAGACUCAACUCACAAAUGACUAAACUUCUUAGAAGGGUGUGAAUAUGAACAUAAUGAUGCAUUGUUUAGCCGUAAACACUUUAAACAUGUCAAUUUUCUAUUUCCACUGAACUUGAAACACUGCAAAUUGUCCACAAGUGUUUCUCCUGAGGACUUUAUCUUAUCAGGCAUUUAUUGACAGAGAUACAAGUUGGCAAUCAGUGAUCCGAGUUCAGUACAAAGAAGACUGGCACCAAAGUUGAACGAAUAAAUGCGUUCUUUCGCCACCCUAAUUAACCAUGAGUGAUUUGAAUUUAUUUAAAGAACGUGAUCGUCUAACUACCUUUGAAGCCUGUCCUCUUGAUAACAUCGACACGGGAUUCCUGGCCAAGUUGGGCUUUUAUUACGACACUCAAGAUCGUGCGGUGAAAUGCAAAUUCUGUGAUCUUUCCUUCGACGUCUGGCGAGAAGAGUAUCGCAAUCCUCUGCUGUAUCAUCGCGUCUUCUCUCCAGUGUGUCCCAUCGUGACUCACCAGGCGCACAGGAAUGAUCCUCUAGUGGUGGAUGAUCUGACACGCGUCAGGAACGAUGUGGAGGACGUCUCGAAUUGCUGCAAUGGUCCAAACGAGCAUUAUGUGACGCUGGAGAGUCGCCUCGAGAGCUUCUCCAGCUGGCCUGUGGCCAUGCAAACCCGACCCGAAGAUCUCGCAUCGGCUGGCUUCUACUAUUCAGGACGCGGCGACAUCGUCUUCUGCUUCGUCUGCGGCCUGAGGCUGAAUCAGUGGAGAGUCAGUGAUGAUCCGCACGUGAGACACGCUAAAAUGUCCCACAAUUGCGAGUUUCUGCGAUCCACGAAAGGUCAGGACUUCAUCCAAGGUGUUCUGCAAGCCGAAUUGGAGCGACAACACGAGCUGGAGUCUCAAAACUACGACGAUCUGCCAGAUGAUGAGCUGUGCUCGGUCUGUUAUCUGCGCAGGAGGGCAAUAGUGUGUGUGCCUUGUGGACACUUUGUCAUGUGUGAGCAGUGCAGUGACUUCCUGGCCAACUGUCCACUGUGCGGACAAACACUGUGGAAGAAAAUCCCCGCGAUCAUUCUGUGAAUGAAAUUGCAAACA